CUUUAUCAUGCUUCGUUCAUUCACUAAUAUCAGAGCUACUUCUUUACGUCUUCUUCGUCCCACAUUGACUCGUGGUUAUGUGUUUCCUGCUGGUCAACAAGAAUUCCUCAAUCAAAGACUGGAGAAAAUGGAUCCAGAAAUGUUUGAUAUUAUCGAAAGAGAAAAGAAGAGACAACAAGAAAGUAUUGAUCUUAUUCCUUCUGAAAACUUUACUUCUCGAGCUGUCAUGGAUGCACUUGGUAGUGUGAUGCAAAACAAGUAUUCUGAAGGUUAUCCAGGUGCCAGAUAUUAUGGUGGUAAUGAAUUCAUUGACAUGUCUGAAAACUUGUGUCGUCAAAGAGCUCUGGAAGCCUUUGAACUCGAUCAUCAAAAAUGGGGUGUCAAUGUCCAGCCUCUUUCUGGUGCUCCUGCUAACUUGUAUGUAUAUGGUGCUCUCUUAAAACCUCAUGAACGUAUUAUGGGUCUUGAUCUUCCUCAUGGUGGACAUUUGUCCCACGGCUAUCAAAUCCCAAACAAAAAGAUUUCUCAAGUAUCUGCUUAUUUCGAAACAUUGCCUUAUCGUUUAGAUGAAACUACAGGUCGUAUUGAUUAUGACACUUUAGAAAAAAAUGCUAUGCUUUAUCGUCCUAAAAUCAUUGUGGCUGGUGCCAGUGCUUAUGCUCGUAAUAUUGACUAUGCUAGAAUGCGACAGAUUGCUGAUCAAUGUGGUGCUUAUCUUAUGGCAGACAUUGCUCAUAUUUCAGGCUUGAUUGCGGCAGGUGUCUUGCCUGGUCCAUUUGAAUAUGCUGAUGUUGUCACCACCACCACACACAAAUCACUUCGUGGUCCUCGUGGUGCCAUGAUCUUCUUCCGUAAAGGUCUUCGUAGUGUAGAUAAAAAGGGCAGAGAAAUCCAUUAUGAUCUCGAAAACCCUAUCAACCAAUCUGUCUUUCCCGGUCACCAAGGAGGUCCUCACAACCACACCAUCACUGCUUUAUCCGUCGCUUUGAAACAAGUCAAAUCUCCUUUAUUCAAGGAAUAUCAAGAACAAGUCCUCAAGAACAAUACUGCCUUUGCUGAUCGUUUCAAUCAACUCAAAUACAAUCUAGUGAGUGGUGGUACAGACAACCAUCUGCUGCUUGUCGAUCUCAAGUCAAAGGGUGUGGAUGGUGCCCGUGUUGAGCGUGUGCUUGAGCUCGUCAAUAUUGCUGCUAACAAGAACACAGUACCUGGUGAUAAGAGUGCCUUGAUUCCUGGUGGUAUUCGUAUUGGUACACCAGCCAUGACCAGUCGUGGCUUUAAGGAACAUGAUUUUAUCAAAAUUGCUGAUUUUAUUGACCGUGCUGUCAAGAUCACACAAGAAGAAAAGGCUAAGGUGACUGGUAAGAAACUAGUGGAUUUCAAGCACCAUAUUGGAGAUGGUUUAGCUAUUGAGUCAAUUCAGACAUUGAAAAAAGAAAUUGCUGAUUUUGCCUCUACUUUUCCUACUGUUGGCUUCUGGGAGUCUGAAAUGAAAUAUCAAUAAAUAAACAUGAUAGACAAAAAAAGAGUAUGUAAACAAUGAACAAUAACAAUGGUUUUGUACUACCUUGUAUGAUACAAAAUAAAGGGGAAGGCUUUUUCUUUCUUUUCUCUCUCUCUCUCUCUCUC